AUUUUUCAUAUUUUGCAUCAAACAUAGCUCACUCGCGAGCGUGGUUCUUUCGGAAAAAACUCAGAGCCACAUAGAAUUUCGACCUCGUCGCGUGUGAUGCAUCUCGCAGUAGCCCGGGUGUAGUACGAACACGAGAUUCCCGCCGCCAACGCCAACUGUGAUCGUAUAUCAGUCCAUUUCUGUGUAUGCUUUUGUUUAUCAUCGCGUUCGCGUCGUGUGUACGGUGAUAAAUUAUUUUAUGUACGUGCGGUCAUGAACAUGAUUAUGAUGACAUUUAAAUUUUAGUUUUACCGUGAUAUCACAACCGUUCGGAUGCUUUCUGCACUUUUCUCCGCGCGAUACUCGGUGAUGUUAUGAGAAAAGUGAGUAAGUUCAUGUUCUAAUAAGAUUAUUUGGAACUUGAUCGCCGGGGAUUGUAACGAAUUUCUUGUGCAUUUUGCCAGUUUGCAAAGUAGUAAUCAUAACAACGAAAAUUUGUCUGAAAAAUAUAUUGAUAGUGAUAACAAAAAAAAAAAGAGUGAAUACGAUGUUGCGUAGUGUGCCGUCGGUUUUUUAGUUUAAAUUGUGAAAAUACUCUGUACUGUGAAUUGUGUCUGUAAUAGGAUUUAUUAUAUCACGAGGAAAACAUUGUUCACCAGAAUACUUCAGAUCAUCAAAUGAUGCAUUAAAAGUGUUCGAGUACAGAAGCCUACCUAUAGCUUCGUUAGUGAAUUGAAGCAAAGUAAACAAUGAAUUUGGACUCGAUACCUCGGCCCGAGACAAUUCACGUUACAGCUCCAGGGGCCACCAGUCGCCCUCCUCAAACCAUGCCGCAACGUUCACCGUUUGCUAUCCAGGAGCUGCUUGGAUUGAGCGACAGUUCCAGACCUAGUGGCGUGGUAUCGGCAGUUACUCCGUCUCUCUAUCCCAGCGUUGGACAAACUACGUUCUCGGCGGAUCAGCAUCAGAUGCAGAUGGCGGCCUCACGGAUGGCUUACUUCAAUGCUCACGCGGCUGUUGCGGCCGCAUUUUUACCACAUAAUAUUGCAGCAAGUGGAGGUCCUCUACAGUUACAUCCUCAAUCCGCAGGCGGUUUUCCACACCUCAAGCCUACAUUUGGUUCCGGUGGAAGUCCAUGUUUACCGGGCGGCAUAGAUUCUUCCAAAGACUUUACGUUAGAGAAUAUCAACGGAUAUGGAAAGAAAAAGAAAAAGAAGCGAAGGCAUAGUCGAACAAUUUUUACCAGUUACCAGCUUGACGAAUUAGAAAAGGCCUUUAAGGAAGCUCAUUACCCCGAUGUGUACGCUAGAGAAAUGCUUUCGCUGAAAACAGAUCUUCCAGAAGAUAGGAUACAGGUAUGGUUCCAAAAUCGAAGGGCAAAGUGGCGUAAGACUGAAAAAUGCUGGGGCCGAAGUACCAUUAUGGCCGAAUAUGGGCUCUACGGUGCUAUGGUAAGGCACUCGCUGCCACUGCCGGAAACCAUCCUCAAAUCGGCCAAGGAGAACGAGUCCGUUGCACCGUGGCUUCUAGGCAUGCACAAAAAAUCCAUGGAAGCGGCGGAAACUCUAAAAAACUCAGACGAUAACAGUGAUCGGGAAGAAACUCGAACAGAAGCCAGUGAUAUUAGUGCCGGUUCAAGUUUGAACAAUCAUGGUAGCUCUCCAAUGAAAUCACCUGGAAUAAACCCACCAGGUAGUACGAACAGCGGAAGUACGAGUAGUUCCAGUCAUCUCUGUUCUAGCUCAAGUAGUGGCCAAUCCCAUAGUACUCACCAAAAUCCAACAACGAGUGCUGUAGCGCACCUGUCACCUUCUUCGGCUCAUUCUCCAAUCAAUAGUUCUUCAACGGCUUCGAUAACACCACCCCCAUCAGCAUUAACACGACAUCGAACAUCUCCUCUAGUUUCGUUAGCCGGAGGUCAAACGCAAUCUGGCCCAUUAGGUCAUCCGCAUCAUCACCAUCACCAUCCACACCCAGCACAUCAUCACAGUCCGGUGGACAGUAAGGAGUUCAAACUGACCACCACAAGUCCAACAGGAAAUAGUUACCACCCCGAAAACGACCCCGAAGCGUUUAGGUGGGUUGACUACCGAGAUCCUGUUUCCUACAUACG